AACGACUCCUGCGACCCGAUGGGCCACCACGGGCACCACCCCGGCCUGGACGGUGACAUGUACCAUCAGCAGGUGCCACAGGCAAGGACCAAGCGGAUGAGAACCUCCUUCAAGCACCACCAGCUAAGAACCAUGAAGUCCUACUUUGCCAUGAACCACAAUCCCGACGCGAAGGACCUCAAGCAACUGGCCCACAAGACGGGGCUUACCAAGAGAGUGCUACAGGUUUGGUUCCAGAAUGCCCGUGCUAAGUACAGACGGACAACCACAAAGAAGGACGAUGAGAAAUCAGAAAAGAAUGCCUCUGAAUGCGGAGGGGAUCAGGCGUCCCCUUCGCCUCAGCUUGACGACCAGGACAACAUCAGUAUCACCAGCAGUGGCAUGGGUGGCGGUAGCGGUAGUGGCAGCGACCCCAACGCCGACACCCUGUAUGACGGCGACGAUGAUGAUCAAGAAAAGCUCCUGGAUGACAUCACAACUUACAGUGAGCUGAAGACGGCGUCGCCUGCCGUUGCGGAUGAAGUAUCCACCAUAUCCUCGAUGCCUGCAUCGGCGCGAAUGCUGCAUGGUUUACAUGGCCACCCCAUCUCGGCGCCAGGCAAUACCCAUCAUGGGAUGGGCCUCAUGCCACAUGGGUUCGUCGAGAUCUUCAGCAACUCCGCAUGAGGAGGAGGCAUCCUUUAUACACAAGAUAGAGAUUUAUUGCUUAUUUAUUUGAGGAUUGACAUUGCAUUCACAUUGACAUCAAUGAUGAUGAGACAGGGACUUGAACAGCACUCUUGAUAGGAAGGCCUAUUGCUGCUAAGCGAAAUGAAGAAGCAACAGUACCAAUACUCUUCUAAUCAAUGCAGAACAAAAUAACCAUGGUUUCUCAUUGUACGUUUAUGUAUUGACUCUCUGGACCAGAGUCUCAAGUGAUUUCUGUGAUGACAUUAAUAAGAACAAAUUCUCCUUUUUGCUAAUUUAAUCUCCUGUUCCCAAAGUAUGUUGUUCUGUGAAUGAAAUUGUAAAGGGAAUAAAAGAUAAUAGAAUAUCUGGACGAAUGCUGCUAAUUGUAUUUACAGUCACGUGUGCUAGAUCUGUGAAUUCAUUUUGUCUUGAUGAUAUACACUUCGUAAAUUUGACUGCAGUGUUAGUAUUGAUGUCCAAUAUACAUGUAGUUUUAAAUGUUUGUAAUAAGAUCAGAUGACUGACUUUGUCCUUUAAAUAUUGUAAAGAUAUAUCAUUGUGCAAGCACCACCCCUUAAAAACUUUCUGAUAUAAACGUAAUUUCAUUUUGAGUUGUCCAUUCAUAAGCUAUAUCAUAGUACACCUCUUUCUUUCCCUUGCCAAAUUUGUUCCAUUUAUAACGCAUAUUUCAAUGACACAUCAAAUCAAAUAUGAUUAGUUUUCAUUUGAUUUAUUUCUUAAGAAAGACUGCUGACUGCAGAGAUAAGUUGACUAUUUAUUGUCCUGGUUUAAUGUAUUCACCGGAUAGGCACCUAAUGUAUCCUUUUGUAAUCAACUUGACAAAUAGAUGACAUAACUAUUUAUGCUUAAUUGGUUAUUUUUAUUACCGAACUUUUUAAAAGUUGCUUUCAUGUUUCUACUUAAAUUCUUUACAUAUCAUCCAUUUCAUCUAUUGAUCUGGAAUAUUUUGUGUUCUGUCGUCUUUUUGUUUUAAAGUCUGAACUAAUUAAUGUCUAGGAUUAAAAUUUGUUUCAACUAUUCAUCGACACAUACGAAAAAGUAUGUAAAAUGCGUUGUUGGUGUAAUUAUCUUCCACAUUCUCAGUUCUUUAAUGUCUACACAAAUUAUUUGGCGCUAGGUGUUCAAAUCCUACCUGCAAAUUCGCUUGAAGGCUUUUGGUUAUUGAGUUCUGAUUUUGAUCAUAUUCUUAAGAAGGAAUAGCUUGGCAUUCCUUGAACAGGGUUCCCAGCUUUUCAAGAAAACAAGAUUCCCUGAUGAAGUUUAAAUAUUUCCUGAUAAUUAUUUAAACCCAUUCCCAGUUUCGCAUGUUUUCUAAGUUGUUGCAGUGAAUUACAUUUAUUUCAGUAUAAAAACAAUAAUGUGAAACUAAUUAGUACUAUUACACAGGCAUGUAAUGGCCUCCCUUCUCCCCAUACAGCCAUCCACCAUACCCCAUAACCACCAUAACCAGUCAUUCAAUGGAUGUUGUUCUGAUAUGAAACAAAAUAUAAGUCUGACUACUGUGCUUUCGACUUUUGGGCCGAUCAAAAUUCCCUGAUUUUUCCCUCAUUUGAGGCAUUUUCCCCUGAUUUGAGGUAUUUUUAAAAUAUCAAAUUCCCUGACUGAAAAAAAAAGUAAAUAAUGUCCCUGAUUUUCCUGAUGGGCUGGGAACCCUGUAAAACCCAUAACUCCAAAAGAAAUUAACUGCGCUAGCAAUUUCAACCCUUAAACUUUGAAUUGAAUACUGUAACCAUUUAUCACCUUUGUUUAAACCCCCAUCCAGUUUCCUGCUAGUACAUGCACAUUUUGGUCAUUAAAUGGGCAGUUCCCAUUUCUUUCUUGUCUAUUAUGUGAUUAUAUUUACAAUAUAAAGGUUAAUUGUGUAAUUAGAAUCUUCUAUUAUGUCCAUAUGAAACUAUAUUUUCCUGUGUAGUGUCAUAGAUUUGUAAUUUAUUGAUCUUGUAUUUCACUUUGAGUACUAGUAUAAAGAUUGCACCUUGUAAUAUACCAUACCUUGCCUUAGACAUCGAGUACUUAUUGCCAUUAGGUUUUCUUCAAUUUUUUAAACAUCAUUCAUGGUGAUAUAUAUGAUUUAAUUAUUCUAAGAAUUUGUUUUAAAACCUGUUGUAUGUUGGUGAUAAAAUGUACUAACAAUAACAGGUACCGGUAAAAUAAAUAAAGGAAAAUGAUCAAUCACCCCUUUUACCAUCAUAAAUAUCCGUCAUGUUGACAAUUAGAUCUUAAGAUAUAUGAAAGUUUUAAGUAGCUUAAUUUUACAAGAGCUUAUGAUAUUUUGUUUCUCAAAAAAGAAAAUACAAUAAUGGUAUUUGUCACCUUGAUAAAGAUAUUGAAAAAAUAUCAUUCUUUAUAUUGAACAAGUAGGGUUAUUUGAGCGAGAGAUGAGAUGAAUUUGGGAAUCUUAACAUUUGAAUUUUUUCUAGCAUGACAGUAAAUUGGAUUUGUAAGAUCAUCAGUGAAAUGUGAUAAACAGAGCAUGCGCAUUGUACCUGCUAUUACUUUGAAAUACAAUCUGAGGGUCAUCCGCAUCGUUUUACCAAACAAAUAGGCAACGUUAUUGCUUCAUUCCAUCAAAUUUGUGUGCCAGGGACAUAAUUCAGAUCAUUAUGAUAUACUGUACUUACGUAGGGGUGCACUAGCGAACAUGCAUAUCAAACAGUUCUUAAUUUUGCCUCUUUACCAGGGGUCCUAGAAAAGGCGGAACAGCUUUAUACAUGUAGUUCAUGCAAUUAACCAUCUUUCUUUGGAUCAUCAUACUGUACUUAAAAGUACACGUGGAGGAGCCGUGGUGUAGUGGUUCUGACUCUCGCCUUGUAAACAGAGGGUCGUGUGUUCGAAUCCCACCGCGGUCUGGCGUCCUUUGGCAAGGCGUUAAUCCACACUUUGCCACUCUCGACCCAGGUGCUAAAUGGGUACCCGGUAGGAUGUGAAAGUCAUUGUAGCUUGUCCAGUACUGUGUGUGCCUCACCGGCGACUGACUGGAAUACUCCCCAGGGAGUGGAGAAUGUGCACACAUUGUGUGCGGGAAUGACUGAUUGAAUCCGAUGACCGGGGUAAUAAUAUAUCUGUAAAGCGCUUAGACACAUCGUUCCGAUGUAUUAAGUGCUAUAUAAAAAACGGAUUAUUAUUAUUAUUAAAAGUAAGAAUGUUAUUGCAAAUACCAACAUAAUGGAAAAUGAUGUCAUACGAAUCUUUUAAAAAAGAAGGUAUUUAAGAUUGGGUUUUUUAUGGUUUCAUAAUUUUUUUAUAGUAUUUAUACCUCAUUUUAAUCUGCCAAGAUCUUGCCAUUCUGUUAUAAAGAGGUUUCACAUUUCUGUCAGAAUUCUAGGAAUUAGUGAUUCUUUUUUUUUACUCAAUUCAAGAAAGACUAUACUGUUAUUUAUUGUACAAUCUGCCUCAGAAAGGGGGGGGGGGGGGGGAGGAAGUAACCCGGAAACUGUGAGAUAUUCCCUAUGAUAGGGUUCCUGCUAUAGGCUUGCGUUAAUACUUACAUUUCACAUUAUAAGGGUAGUAUUCUUUUGUAAGACAUAUUGAUGGUUAAACUGAUAUGACUUUCACAAAGAAAUACAAUUUCUUUUAUGAGAAGGUAUUGAUUUUACUUGUUGUUGAGUGAUGUAAGAUAAUUAAAACACUCACCUAUUUUAUAUGUUGCCAUCCCCAUGCACAUGAAUCAGAUCCCACUAUUUUGCUUCUAAAUCUCUUAAAAUCCAUUUGACUUGACAUUCUUUUCUGAUUUUCUUUUUCUCUGUUGAUUCUUUAUCAACAUUUGAAUAACAAUUUCAAGGGUGGGAAUAGUUGUAAAUUCAUUUGCAAAUAGUAAUUUAUUAAAAAACUAUUGAUGUUAUAAAAUUGUAAAAGUUUUUGUGAAGCCUUGUGUUACUGUACAAAAUGUUGUGCUUCAUGUUUGUAUAGAGGAUAAAGUGCUUUGACCUUUGAUCCUGUCUUCGUAGUGAACAGAAGUGAAUAUAAUUAUUAUUGCUUUGAAUUGUGAUGAAUAAAUGUUUUGAACUGAA